GUGGCACAAGCUGCACUCCAAGGCUGGGAAGAAGGAGAAGGAGCGCGGUGAGAUCCUGGUGAGCAUCCAGUUUACGCGCAACAACCUGACGGCCAGCAUGUUCGACCUCUCCAUGAAGGACAAGCCGCGCUCGCCCUUUGGCAAGCUGAAGGACAAGGUGAAGGGCAAGAAGAAAUACGACUUGGAGUCGGCCUCUGCCAUCAUCCCCAGCAGCACGGGCGCCCUGGACAUGGAGGAUGACUACGACAUCGGGGGCAAGAAGUCCAAAGUCAAGGGCUUCUUCCUGAAGAACAAGCUGCGCAAGUCGUCUCUGACGCAGUCCAACACCUCCCUGGGAUCCGACAGCACCGUCUCUUCUGCCAGCCUGGGUUUGGCCGCAAACGUUCCCGAGGUAACCAAAUCCCCGAGCAGACACAGCAGUCUGUCCACCGAGCGCUCUGUGAAGGAUUAUUUGCCAUCUCCAAAGCUGACCCACAAGCGAGCGUUCAGUGACGACGUUUCCCAAGUCAGCCCGGUCCUGGAGCCCAAAGCAAUCCAAAACCUGAAGCCAAAGAACGAUCCCGAGUCGCGAUCUUCCCUCUGCAUCAACGGGAGCCACGUUUACAGCGACGAGCCUGCCCCAAAGAGCCCCGCGCCCGUCCCGCAGAGCUCAGCGCCGCUGGCCGUGCCCAGCCUCCCCCGACGGCAGGAGGAGAGCUUCGGCUUCGCUCCCCUCCACCCCAGCUCCCACCAGGUGCCUUGGGGGGGCAGCGGCUUUGAGAAGACACAGCAGAGAGAGGAGCCCAGGUUCAUCCCCUCUCCUCCCACCUUAGCCUUGCAAGAAGAGCUCAAGGUCUCCACGAAAGCCGUCACUCUCAGUAACCACCUGGGCAGAGCCAAGAUGGAAGAAACCAGCCGCUUAGAGAACAAACCGACUCAAGCUGCACCACCCAUGGUCUUCUCCACGGAAACGCCGAAGGACAAACCACCCGAGGAAAUGAGGAAGGAAGACAAGAAAGCGAAGGGCGGCUUCUUCCACCACGGGAGCAACAAGAGUGAGGCGGGGAGCAAAGGCCAGGGGGAGAAAGUGGGACCCUCCCAGGGCUCGUCCGUCCCCGCGGCAGCGGGGGGAGAUGAGAGGAAUAAAACCAGCGGCUGGUUCGGUUCCAAGGAGUCCAAAGAGUCCCCUCAGAAACCCAGUUUCCGCCUGCCGCUGUAG